CGCACAGCUCCGUAGGGCCCCGGCGGCGCCGCCCGCCGUGCGCGGGCCGGGCCCGGUACCGGUAYCGGUGUCGGGUUUGGGUCCGGACCGGGACCGGGAUGCGGCUGCAGUGCGARGUGGAGGUGCUGAGCCGGCUCCUGCCCACCUGCGGGCUGCAGGGCCGCGGCCGCGGGGCGCGGGCGCUGCUGUCUCUCGGGCGCCCGCCCGGCGCUGCCGGAGCCGGGAUUUACCUGAUGGUGUGCACGGCGCGGGACCGCGGCGGGGCUCGCUACAAGGUGCAGCAGAACGUGGAGCGGCUCUUCACGCGUUUCGUGGACGAGGGAAAGGCCACGGUGCGGCUGCGGGAGCCCGCGGUGGAUCUGUGCCUCAGCAAGGCAAAUGUGAGCAAUUUAAAGACUUUCCUUUCAGCCGUGAGACUGGCUCACCAAGGCACCGACGCAGGAGCUCUCCCUCUCUCACCUCUGGUCCCAGCCAAGAACUCCGACGUGGAGAAACCCAAGACCAAAAUGAUCAUCACCUCCAGGAGGGAUUAUCCCCUCACCAAGAGCUUCCCUUUCUCCCUGGAGCACCUGCAGACCUCAUACUGCAAACUGGCCAGGAUCGACACAAGGGUGCUGUCCCUGAAGAAGCUGCGCAAGCUGGAUUUGAGCCACAACCACAUCAAGCAGCUGCCGGCCACGCUGGGGGACCUGGUGUGUCUGCAGGAGCUGGACCUGCACGACAACCACCUGGAGGCUUUCAGCGGGGCCCUGUGCAGCUCAGGCCUGCAGAAAUGCCUGCAGUUCCUGGAUUUGAGCCAGAACCAGAUCCAGGCUCUGCCCAUUGAGUUCUGCCAGCUGCGGGGUCUGGUGCAGCUGAAGCUGGAUGACAACGCCCUGCUGCGCCUGCCCUGCAGGAUCGGGCAGCUGAGCCGCCUGCGCUUCCUGUCGGCCGCGCGCAACAAGCUGCCCUUCCUGCCCAGUGACUUCAGRAAACUGUCUCUGGAGAAUUUGGAUCUCUUUGGGAAUCCUUUCGAGCAGCCCAACCCRCUGGUUCCCAACAUCCAGCUGAAAAUCCCGUUGACUCUGCUGGAGUGUGCUGCCAGGGCUACCAUCAAUCACAGAAUCCCUUACGGCUGUCACCUCCUCCCUUCCCACCUCUGUAAGGACCUGGAAGUGGCCAAAACGUGUCGCUGUGGGAGUGCCUGCCUGAGCAGCUUCAUCCAGAUCACGGUGACCAUGAACCUGCACCACGUGGCCCACACYGUGGUGCUGGUGGACAACAUGGGAGGCACCGAGGCUCCCAUCCUCUGCUAUUUCUGCUCUCUGGACUGCUAUUCCCAGUUCCUGGACAGGCACCUGCAGAGCAAUGGGUGACCACGGUGGCAAAGCUGUGCCCGAUGUUGUGCCCAGGGAUGGAGGAGCUGGAGGUGUUUCCUGCUCUCUGCCCGCCCGCGGUGUCACCGGUGCUUCUGUGGAGAGAAAUCAUUCUGGGAUCGAGUGAGGGACACCCAGCCUGAGCCAGGCCUGGCUUUUCUCCCCCUCUGGAACUUCUUUUGGUUGGAGCACAAAGCAAUGUUUAGCUGGAGAGAACCUUCCUUAGAAUGGAUUUUCCUUUUCCUGCUCCCAGGGCUCUUGCUCGGAGUCUCGCAGCAGUUUUCUAUGUUUUGUGGGGUAAGUGGCUCCUCUUUGGGAUCCCAAACUUACCCACACGAGGGACUGCACUCCACUCUUCCCAACUUUUUUACUGUGGAGGAGAAAUCACWUCCAAACCGGUUAUGUAACUCCAGGUGCUUCUUUUUUAAAGAUUCUGUUAAAACAUUCCCACUUCGAGCAGGGACCAGCAUUGCUGGGUUUUUACCAGAGCAAAUGUUUUUUUUUGGGGGUUUCCCCUCUUUGUGAUAGCAGAAAUGUCUUUUUUUCUAAACACGUGCCUGAAACUUUGUUUCUUAAUCCUCACAUUUUAACGAUUCUUCAAUUUGUUUCACUGUGUUGACUUAUUAAAUUUUGAAACCCUUCUA